AUGGCUUCUCUAAAACAUUACGAUUGGACUGAAACAAUAUCUAUUCACACAUUUGCUAUAACAUUGUUCAUUAACUUAUUCCUGAUAUAUCUGACAAUGUUUCGGAUCAAAACAAUUGCGGGAACUUAUAAAAUUUUAAUCUCAUUUUUCGCGUUUCUCGGCAUCUUGUUUUCCGCUUCCAAUAUUAUUAUUCAACCGUUUUUUCAUGUUCACAAUCAUUCUUUGAUAUUUUUCACUUUGAGAGAUUUUGGAGGAAUCAAUAUUAUGGCUCUCAAAAUUUGUAUUAUGAUUUAUUCAAUGAUGUUUUCAUUGUCUGGAUCUUUUCUAACUCUUCUAUUCUAUUUCCGAUUUACAAUUAUUCACAGUAUUUCACAAAAUUUGAAAUAUAAAAAACGUUGUCUAGUUUGGUGGAUUCUUUUCAAUGUUGUUUGUGUUUUUGUUUAUGCACUCGCUUUGUUCAUUUUUGCAUCUGAUGAUGAGGAUUCACUUUCAUAUUUGAAAGAAACAAUGCUUUUCAAUUAUAAUUGUAGUUUGAAUGAUAUUGCAGCAUUCAUGAACAAUUACUAUGUAUGUCAGUUAUAAUCAAACAAUUAUCCCGUGAAAUUUAAUUUUUCCAGCUUUCGGAGCCCGGUUCUCCAUUCUCUUAUAAAUGCAUAAUAUGCACAUUGUUACUCAGCUCAACAAUAGUGAUCCCAUUUCUGUUCUCAUCUUAUUAUGCUAUACGUAUAAAUCACCUUCUGAAGAAAACUCUCGGAAUGUCAGUGGCACAUAAAAAUAUACAAAAACAACUGUUUAAUUCGUUGAAUCUUCAGGUUUUAUUUUUGACAGUUAUAAUUUCUGAUUGUAAUGGUUUAUUUAGAUUUUAUCUCCUGCGAUAACAAUGUAUCUUCCAAUGUUUAUUAUAAUAACACUUCCUUAUUUGAACCUUGAAAUAGAUAUUCCAUUUGGAGACUUCAAUCCAUUAUUCAUUUUGUAUCCAGCGAUUGAUAGUUUCAUUCAGAUUACGGUUGUUUCAGAAUACCGAAAAAGCGUUAAAAGUUGGAUGUUUUCUUUAGAAUAUUUUUGAAUAAUUAGCUUUUUCAGAAAUGUUCCGGAAAAACGAAGUGAGCAAUAUUCGAGUUGUCAGUCAUAUAGUAAUUGAUCGUUAAACGCGGCGAAAUGGGAAAAACAUACUUGUUACUAAUUUUUUUCGAACAGAAGAAAGAGAAGUUUUCUUUUGUUAUGUUGUUGUAUUUUUUCUUAUUUUUUUUUGUUAUUGGUUGGUGAUAAAGAUUUUGCAAAAAAAACUGAUUGAUUGAAUGAUAAGGUUUACUGAACACGUGUUGAUUGCGGAAAUUUAUAUUGUUAAUGUCGAAGAAAUCUGAAUUUUCAAACAGAAAAGUUUUUGAACUUUGAAAUCAAAACUUCAAUUGGAAAUUAUGAGGAUUUGGUUUCAAAAAAAUCCCCUGCUGCAAAAUUAAGUUUUAGUGUUAAUCCGAAAUAUUUUGACCUUUGAAGGAGAACUGCCUAGAAAGUCAAAAAUUUCCUCUUUCAAAUCAAAUUAUCAGAAGAGCCAACCAAGUCUACUGUAACUUUGGUUCCUUUUCAACGACAUUUUUUUGAAAAAUCGGAUUAUGCAAAAGUUUUUUGUUCGUUCUUAGAAUAAAUAAUUAGUUUUUGAUUCUCAAAAGUUCUGUAUCGAGUUUCUAUUUUUAUGUGUUUUCAUCAUGUCUCAAAAUCUGUUCAUUAAUUCUUUCAUCAAACGUCCUUUGAACGUUUUUAUUCAAAAAACCAAAAAAUGUCACAUUUUUGUAGUAUUCUCUGAGGUGUAAAGCAACAAAAAAAUCAUGUGUUGGAUGUUCUUCGAUUUCGAAAAUAAUAAAACUGCAGAGAACGUUUCAAUGAGUGUUCUCUGAAUUUUUUUGAGUGACUGAACAACAACAAUUUUUGUUUAUUUGUUUUCUCAGGCUCUUAGGGAGAAAAAAAGAGAAAAAAGUUUGGUCAACAAAAAAUAAAUAGAUAGGAAAUUUAUCAUUUUGUAGGAUAGAAAGUGAACAAAGUAUCAAGGUUUUCUGGAAAUUGAACAUGUGAUGAAUUGUUCUUCAGAAUUGGGGAGAAAAUUCAGGAGAAUCUUAUAAUUCAGUGGAAUUGUGAAUCUAAAGUUUUGGCCAAGCAAAUACAUUUGCUUCAAAUUUAUUUUCUCCGAAUUUUUUGGUUAAACAAAAUACGAACCACGUCACUGAGAAGCCGUCUUCAGUAAAAAUCGUUCUUUGUUAACUUUUUUGAAUUGAUUUUUACAAUUUUUAGCAAUACUUGCUGAAACUGUUUCCUCACUCCUGAUAAUAUCACAAUAAAAAUUUAGCUACACCACAUUCAUUUUAUCUCGCAAAAUUCAUUAAAAAUAACAAAAACUACAAAGAGACGCAGAAAUGGUUCUCGUGUUGUUCACAUGUUCCUUUUUCUUUUUCUUUUUUCUUCCCAAUGUUUCUCCGCCCUAGAGACAUAGACAGAAAAAGAUGAAAAAGAUAAUGCAAAAUUAGGAGGGUGCAGACAGCAAACAGCUGAUCGGGAGUUGUAUAUAAAAAUAAAAUGAUUUUGCUUUAUCUACUUAUUUCUGUACUUGGAUGAAUUUGUUUUUGUGUUUUGCGUUUUUUUUUGCUGUUGUUAUCUACAUUUGCACUCGAUUUAAUUAGAAACUGAGCCUUUCUUUUCUCGUGACCAGCCAAUUUUAUUUUGUCUUAUUUUUUUGCAGAAAACAAAAAAAAGAGGAAAUACAAAAAUGUCGUCGAUUGUUGUUGGAACUGGAGUUGUUGCUGAAACAAUGGUUGGACUUUGUAAGUUAGGGAAAUUCUAGAUUUUUCCAGGAAAAUAAUCGAAAAAAAAACAAAAAGCAUUUUUGCGUACAUGUAUUUUCAAAGUCCUCAUACUUGACCAGCCCUUUUUCUCUAGCCCUAUCCAAAAUCCCCCCACCAUCAUCUCAUAUUUUCAGUGGCCGCAGCUGGUCGACGUGUGUCAAUGGUUGCACCAAGCGCCAAAAUCAACAAUACUAAAAAAUUCGAAUCGCAAGUUAUCCGAAAUAUCCUUCAAGAAGAUUCUGAGAAAAAAAUCCCAUUUGAAUUCGUGGAUGAUCUCAAAUCACAGAUUAACUUGGCUGAGAAGAAUUUCAAGAAAAUCAACAUUCUCACCGAUCUGUCGAAAGUCGAAGCUGCCGAUCAAAUCAUUGAUGCGUGUCAAGGUAAAGACUUUAUUUGAUAGGGAAAUAUCUCAACAGAAACAUGAAAUUUCAGCUGAUGAAUCUGCUUUGCUAACUCAUACCGCAAAAAACAUCCCAGAUGCUACAAUUAUUUCACUCAACGAAAAAUCGCCGAUCCAUAAAAACCACGUCUCGGUCAAAAUCUACAGCCCAAUUCAUGACACUAAAACUGUGAAGGUAGGAAUAAAGAACAACAAUUUUAAAAAAUUAAGGACCAAGCUGAAUGCACUUCUAGUCAUAAAUGUUUUCUAUUUUAUCAUAUGACUCAGGAAUGCAUCCAGAUUGGUAAAAGUUCUGAAUAGUGAUCCAAUCAUGUCAGAUCUCGCAUAUUUAUACUGUUCUUCGGUAGGGGCGUGGCAUAAUUGUUACCUGUUUUUGGGAAGUUUUUACACCAAACAACGAUAAAAAUGUGUGAAAAUUUUAUUGUUCCCACCAUAAAACGUGUGAAAAUUGAAUUUUCCAGAUGUUCAUCAACUCGAAAACAUCCCAAAAAGCAAUUGAUGAGACAAAUAAUCUUCUUGGAUCAAUGGGUUUCACAGUUUUAAGCGAAGAAGAUUCUUUGGUGGCUGAUCGAUUGGUACAAGAUAUGGCACAAGUUGAAAAAUCGAGUCCACUAUCAAAAUUGGCAUCGAUUUUGGUGACACCAAUGAAUUCUCCAAUUCCACCUCCACCAACUCAAAUCAAAGAACAAUAUCAGAUUUAUUGGUGAACAAGAAUAUUGGUGUGUAAUUAUAAUGUAUAUUUCGAUCUCUUGUUGAUCAGAUUAAUUUUAUUUAUUUUUGGCUGUAAUAAAUUUGGCUUUUUGAACAAAAAAGAUAAACAUUGCUGACGUGUUUUUAGCUACUCCGCACUUCUGGAACCAUGUUUUUUGUGAAACUUGAGAAUUAAAUAACAACUACUUUCCAAAAUUAGAUCCCAAAUACCACGUUCUCUUAUUUUAUAAAAUAUAUCAUCAUCAUGACGAUUCCUCUUCUCGUUUCUCUUGUUGGCCUAACUCUUUGUAUUCUUGUGAUCUCUAUCAAUUUCCUAACAUUCAGCAAAACUAACAAAUCACUUUUAAAAAAUCGCCUAGAACUGAUUCUACUCUAUUGUCGAAUAGUUCUCGAUAUUUUUCUUGGAAUCGGUCUCACAUUAUAUCUCACAGUUAUUCUUCUAAAAACUUUGGAUCCUUCAAAAAUCACAGUUUCAACAACAUAUUAUGUGAUUUUUUCAAGUCUUCCGAUGGUUUUCCUUUGGCCCGCCAGAUUCACAUUAUCGAUUUGUCUUGGAUUUCUUCGAAUCUUUGCACUUCUAUCCGAUCUUACUUAUACAUCAGUGAAAAUAGUUAGCUGUGUUGUAUUAUUUCUAUCAUGUGUAUUCGGAGUUUCUGAUGUUUUAUUUCUACUUCUGAUUUGCCCCCCGAAGUUUAUAGCUCAUCCCGAUUGUUCAGCUCUUGGAUGUAUGGCAAGCCCAUGUUUUCUAACAUAUUGGAUUAUGAAUCGAUCAGUGUUUUUCUCAUCAAUGCUGAUUUGCACAUUACUUUACUCAUUCGUUAUUUGUUUUUGCGAGGCGAACAAACAAGAACGACGAAUUCUAAAAGUAUGUUAUCCAACAGAAAUUGUGAAAUUUUUUUUUAUUUCAGACUGAUUAUUGGUUGGUGUUCACUAUGUUCAUUGCCACCCUUUUCGAUGUUGUCCCAUUUGCUGUCACCAAAUUUCAAUUUCUCGAAAAUUUAUUUUCAGUGAGUUCCAAAUAUGAAAUCGCAAUACCUUUAUUUUUUCAGCAUUUUGGGCCGUUCGUGAAUACUUUGAACAUUUUGGGAAAUUGUAUCGAGUCAGUGAUUAUUUCGAAAAUGUUUGAACCUUUCAAGCAUGAAAAUUCGGUGUAUUAA